AUGGACCUCCAAUUCCGAGGACAUCAAAACAAAGAGACCUCGAUAAAUGGGGAAGAUUGGAUAUUGGCUGAAGCAGUCGUUACUGAGGGGGCUGUAGGAGAGCUCAAAUUGUAUAAGGCCCUGGUUCAUGAAAUGAGGGAGAAAAAUUUAGAUCUGAUGAGUCAAGAAAUUGUCGGUGUGUUGAAAAAUUCCAAUAUGGCGUUCGUUCGAGAAUUAGUAGGUGCUGACGCCGUUGCUGUAUACCGAUGGGCCAUCGUUAGGGCAUUUUUUAGAGGAUAUUUUGCUUUUCAUGAAGCUGGAAGGAAACAUAGAUUAACAAGAGACACUUUAGGAGUAACCACUGAUAAAUGUUCAUGUAUGCUUAUACCUUUGGUUGAAUCAGCGCUACCAGAAUCAACUCUUAGACUUUGGGAAAGGUAUAGGGUAAUGAACAAAAUUGACAUAGAGAAGGGUUUGGAUGAUCUGUUACUAUUUUUACGUGGUGAAGUGGAAAGUUAUGAACCUGUUGGUCUACAAACUAUUGUUCAUGGAUUGUUUGGAGGCAACAGAUCAAAGCAUGAAGAUCACAAUAUUUACAAGGUCAGAGUGGCAAGUGCUAUUACUGAUUAUGCUUGUCAUUUUGAGGUUCUGGAUAAAGAAACAAUUUGCGAACAGUAA